AUGGACUCAACUAUAGAACUCGACGUGUGGUAUCCCUUACAUGUAUUGUACAUUGUCUAUACCUGUAUCAUAUUGCGUGUGUGUGUCCUUAUAUAUAAACAACAGAGUGCGUCACUACUAUUACACACAACACCCUUUCUUCUCGCUGUCGUACUGAUAUUGGCUUCAAUACGUUCAGAACUUCUCGCUUUGCCAAGACUUCUGUACCGAAGAGUGGCAACUUCCUGUGAUUCCAGAUUCAUAUUCCUGCCAGCUGGUCGUGUCAGGAACUCCUUCGAGUGUUUGCGUCAUACAGUUGUGCACGCAGCUUCCACAAGCCUCGAAGAGCUGGAGGCCGAGAAGGCGAGACUGAAGGCCCGUCUGGAGGAGACCCGAGAGGCCCUCGUGUGCCGGGUUUGCCUGGACCGCCCCGUGGGAGCUGUCUUCAUGCCCUGUGCCCACCUCAGCACGUGUCACUCCUGUUCUGCGUCCCUUACUAUGUGCCCGCUCUGCCGGACGCCCAUCCACUACGCCGCCGCUGUUAUCAUCGACUAACGGGGGUGAAAGGGCGGUACCGGUUGUACAGUUUGUUGUCUUCGUAAACUUACACAGGCGGGGGAGAGGAAAUAACUUGAACGGAAUAUUCUACACUUUGUA